AUGGUCAAGAUCACUCUUGCUAUCUCUGCUGCUGUUCUGCUAGUCAGCGUUCAAGCUGCACCCCCAUGCCCGGCCAAUGUUCAGCUGUGCGGCUCCGAGAUUCUCGACGUUUUCCAAUGUGACACCGUGGAGCAUCUCGAGAGCAUCACACCUCACAUCAACCCGGCCGAGAACAUCCGUACCGAUAUCUAUCCAACCAACGCACAAGGUGUUCCCCAAAUCCCCUUGGCGGACUGCAGCGGCAGUCCUCGGGGCUGUAUCAACUCUAAUCUCGGUGCCAACCCUCCUCGCAAUGCCAUGUGUGGAAACACUCCGUUUCUUGCCCGGGCUCCUCGCAAGUAA